UCAACAAUGAAUCCAGUGAAAUAAUCCGCAUGUUUAACGAUGCGUUCGAUGAAUUUGUCCCAGAAACAAAGGGCAAAACUUUUUACCCAAAACAUCUUGAAAGCGAAAUUAAUAACAUAAAUAGUUGGGUUUAUGACAAAAUUAACAAUGGUGUUUAUAAAUGUGGAUUUGCUUCAACUCAAGAUGCUU